AUGGUUGAUAAAUCGCUUAGUCUCGGGGAAACGCCAGCCGAUUUCGGAAUCCUUGAUGGCACUGUUGAAGACAAGCCACUCGGAGGAGGGGUGGACGAAGUAGGGCUGGCAGCGGAUGUGAUGGUCCUCAUCGUUGGCGAAGCGCAUCUGAGACCAGUCGUAGUACAAGGUCCGGACUUUCUCGUAGUCGGGGCGGAGCUUGCCGUAGACCUCGUCCAGCUGAAGGCAAGCCAGGAGGGAGCUGUCCAUGCCCAAGAUGAUUCCGAAGGGGAUGGUGGAGACGGAGGCGCAGAUGACUUGAAGACCCAGGUUGUUUGCGCGGCGCCAGCUGUCUAG